ACUCAAAAUGUCCAUAUACAUGAAGUAAUACCAAGCCCACAAACAUCGGACCGAACUUACAAUAAAACAAUCACUCACAAAAACCAUGGGGGAAAACAGAGGGUUAAAUAAUGAACAUGUAAUUGGGGAAUAGAAACCGUGACAGACAGGCUAGAAGGCCAACCGUAGAGUUACAACAGGACAAUGCAACUGUACGGUUAACUGAAGAAGCCUACUCUCGUUAACCCGUAAACAAAAAAAUUGACACGGUUUACGUGACUUCACUUAUAAAAAUCUAAUCGAAUUCUUAGAAAACGUCCUCGGUCACCUUCCCUCACUCUCAUUUUCCUAUUGACCACAAUUGGUUUCAGCUGUUUUUCCCCUUAUCAACCGUUUUCCGAUAACGUUUUUUUUUAAAUGGCUCAACAAGUGUAUAAGCUUCUCGGUGAGCAGUUGUUUACGUAUAAAGGCCAGGUGUUUCCCGUGGCUGACACGCAUGAAUUAACCACGGAAUAUAUCGACAGCUUGGAACACUUUGAGAUCAAGGACAGUGAUGUUUUCCUUGUCACUUUCCCCAAAUCAGGUACAGUAUGGACCCAGCGUAUCAUCACCCUGUUGUUUGAGGAUGACUUCCCAGAGGAGGCUAACCAGACCACCUUUGUGAGGAUGCCCUGGCUGGAGAUCCUGGAGAAGGGGAAGACCUACACUGAGAGACCCUCUCCACGCCUCUUCUGCUCCCAUCUACACCAGGAACUUAUGCCCAAGGGCCUGCAGAAGAUGAGGGCCAAAGUAAUCUAUGUGACCAGGAACCCUAAAGACAUCCUGGUGUCCUACUUCCACUUCACUAAAUUCAUGAAGAAUCUGGACAGUCCAGAAGACUAUGACGAGAUGCUGGACAAGUUCUUCUGUGGAUGGAUGCUUGGUGGCUGCUGGUUCGACCAUGUCAGAGGAUGGUACAACAACCAGGACAAAUACAACAUCCUGUUCCUCAGCUAUGAAGAGAUGAUCAAGGACCUGAGAUCGGUGGUAGAGCGUCUGGCUGAGUUUGUUGGGAAGAGCCUAUCUGAUGCAGCUAUAGACAGCAUAGUGGAGAAAGUCACCUUCAAUAACAUGAAGAAAGAUGACAAGGACAACUAUGAGUUCUUGCCUGAGAUCGUCAAUGACAAGAAGAAGGGGAAGUUCCUACGCAAAGGUACCAUAGGAGACUGGAAGAACUCGUUGACGGUGGCUCAGAGUGAACGCUUUGACCAGAUCUAUCAGGAGAGGAUGAAGGACCUGUCUCUCACCUUCGUCUGGGACAUCACAGAGCUUCACGGCUGAUACAGACACACAGUGGUGGUUCUAGUUUUUAUUUUUUGAUUUUACCUUUAUUUGACUUAUUUUACUAGGCAAGUCAGUUAAGAACACAGUUAAGAACACAGUUAAGAACACAGUUAAGAACACAUUCUUAUUUUCAAUGUUUGUACGGCUCCUUGGGCUAACUGUCCCUUCAGCAUCAUUCAGCACUAAAUAAAUCAUUACAACAUAUAAAAAUACUCAAAUAAGACUCAGAAAUAUCAAAAAGAAGUAACAAAGACAACAAAAAAUAUUGUAGAAUAUAAAUACAAUUAAAAAGAGAAUUGAAUUAUUAGCCCAUUGCUAACAAAAACACACAAAUAAAACUCAAUUGCACAAAUCCUAUAUCACACAAAUCCACAAAUAGAAUAACACAUGAAUAAAGAAGAGAACCUGAUUAUUACACUACUGAACUUCAAACAAGAAACACACAACUAAAUUGCACAAGUACUUGCAUUACUAAUUGCAUUAGUACUGUACUAAGUUAGAGGUGCGCUAUUUGAUAGAUUCCUCCCUCUGGCUUCCAGUGGGGAGACCUGAGGUCAACCUACAUUUACAUUUACAUUUAAGUCAUUUAGCAGAC